AUGCGCUACCCAAAAGAAGUCAUUUUUUGUCUCCUAUUAUUUUUCGGUCUUGUUGCGACACAAAGAAAUCACUGGAGAAAUACGAAAAUUCAAUGGAGAAUCGUUGAUGAGCAGACGGGCAACACGACAAUUUUGACCCCGAUCGCUCCAGGACCCGAAAGAAGUUGCUACACGGUGAAAAUCGGCAAACUUCACUUCUCCUCGAUUCCAAAAAACAUGUCACGAAUGAUGAAAAGGAUUCUCUGUGAGUUGACGAUGCGAUGGAAAGGACUUCCAUUCACAAAGGCCAACGAUGAGCGAUUGGACAGCAACGAUCUCAAAACAAACACGACUGGGUUGGUCAACUUUUGUGUGACGAAAAAGUUCUUCAAAAAUACCUCAAAGAGGAGCCAGCGACGACUGAGUGCACAUGCAAAAUCGACAAAAUUCUUUAUUUGGCGAGAUCCGGUUGAUCGUUUCAAAUCAAUGUACACGCAUUUGUGUGUUGACAACAACUUUUGCGGAGUCUCUGGGGAAUCGAUCUCGAAAUUCGCCAAAGCCAACUACGAUUUUUUUCAAAACGGCAUCGACUUUCCGGGGAUCACAAAAGAUGACUCGGGAACUUUAAAGCAUCAUAUGAAAUCGCAUAUAUGGUACUGUGACCUCCGAGAAGACUAUAAAAGCUAUCAUCUCGUCAAAUAUUCAUCGGAUCCUCGCGAAAACAUUGCACAACUCGAGAAGCUUUUCGUAAGAUCUGGCUUUCCGAGGGAUCUUUCGAAAAAGGUUCUAUCUCGAAUGGAUCGAGUUGCCGUGAGGACAGGCGAGAAAAACGAGAAGCUGCACGAGAAAUGGAAACAAGAAAUUCUCGACAAUCCAACCACUUUGAGUUACGUUCUGGCUUCUUAUUAUUAUGAUUACCAGCUAUUCGGAAUGGAGAUGCCAGUUGUUAAGGAA